AUGCCCCUCUUUCCCCUUCGCGUUCCAUUUAAGGCUUUUUCUUCUCGAUUUUCUCCAGCUAUUCGUGCACCUCUCACCUCUCGUCGCUUCUUCUACGGCCAUAUCAGUGAUUCCAAAAUGGCACCCCAGUUGGAGCCCUUUUUCAAGCAGGUCGAUGACUCGUCCAACGACUUCAUCGAGCGUCUACGGAAGGCGGUUGCGAUCCCAUCUAUCUCAGCUCAAGAUGAGAACCGACCGGAUGUGUUCCGCAUGGGCCAAUUCCUUGCCGACGAACUCACAGCUCUUGGGGCCGAGGUCGAACAACGACCAUUGGGCAAGCAGCCUGGCAAAGAGCACCUCGAGCUCCCACCUGUGGUUGUUGCGAGAUACGGUAACGAUAAGAACAAGCGCACCAUUCUGGUCUACGGGCACUACGAUGUGCAACCUGCUCUAAAGGAAGAUGGAUGGGACACCGAGCCCUUUGAGUUGACCAUUGAUGAGAAGGAUCGGAUGUAUGGCCGUGGCUCAACCGAUGACAAGGGUCCCGUUCUGGGCUGGCUCAAUGUCAUCGAUGCCCACCGCAAGGCUGGUAUCGAAUUCCCCGUCAACUUGUUGUGCUGCUUCGAGGGAAUGGAGGAGUACGGAUCUGAGGGUCUGGAUGACUUCAUUCAGGCCGAGAGCAAGAAGUACUUCAAGGAUACAGACGCCGUAUGUAUCUCUGACAACUACUGGCUCGGCACUGAGAAGCCCUGCCUCACUUACGGUCUACGCGGCUGCAACUACUACUCCAUCAGCAUUUCCGGCCCCGCCCAAGACCUGCACAGUGGUGUCUUUGGUGGCUCUGCUCACGAGCCCAUGACUGAUCUGGUGAACGUCUUAUCCAAGCUGGUUGACCCCCAGGGUAACAUCCUCAUUCCGGGUCUCAUGGACCUGGUGGCUCCCCCUGACUGA